AUGAGACCAUUUCAGCCUCCCAGACCUAAACCAGUUCAUAUAAAUAAAGAUAAUUCAUCCACAAUAUCCACAUUUGACAUGGGAAUCAGUGAUGAGGAGUGGGAAAGACUGCAGAAGGUUCUGGACUGGCCUAGUUCAGAUCAAGAAAUCACUCAGCUGGAACUGAGCACAAGUCCAGUCCACUCAACAUUCUCCAUUGUGGGACUCAAUGAGAUUUACAAAGUGGGAGAAAAGAUCUCUGUUACUAUCACAGCCAGAGACCACAACAAGAACCUGAAAAGAUAUGGAGGAGACUAUUUCCAAGCCAAACUCUUCAAUUCAAAGCUAAAGGCGAGUGUGUACGGGGAGGUUGUGGAUCAUCGUAAUGGGACUUACUCUGUUGCUCUUCUUCUGCCCUGGGACGGUCAGGCACAAGUUUUUGUACGUCUAGAGCACUCCAGUGAGGUUGUGCGGAUUCUUAAAAAAUACAGGGAGUCUUCAUUCCCACGCAGCCACUAUAAUGGACACUUUGAAGGUCCAGGACCCAAUAAAACAAGGAUCAGGGAAACAGUACAAUGUAAUCUUAAGUGGGGUCUAGAUGGAAGUUGGAGGAAAGGAGACUGCUGCUGUGAGUAUAAGAAUAUAAAAACGGGGACAUUGUGGCAGUGUGAGAGACCGAAGAAACUUUCCUGUGACAGACUGGUUUAUCACUCAAUGGGAGGUUUGGAAAACCCAUUAAAUUCCCUGGAGAAGCAAUUUUUUACACAGAAAUUAACAAAUGUUGCUAUUACUGGAGAUGACAAAAUCAUAAAUGUUCUUCCCAACACUGCAGGCAUUGGCACAAUGGAGAAAUGCAGGUCUGGCAUGACGACACCGAUUCCUGCAGGGUUCUACCUUAAAGAUGUCUGGAAGUCUUUGGUAUGCAACACCAGGCAGUUCAGUUCUGAACAAAUGAGAAAUUGUCUUAAAAACAAGAUAGUCUAUUUGAUGGGAGACUCCACCACAAGGCAGUGGUUCGAGUACUUAGAAAGAAAAGUGCCAGGCAUAAAAAGGAUGGACCUCCACACUCCUCGUACAGGUGGACCCCUGAUGGCUGUGGAGUUGAAAAAUAAUAUCAUUAUUCACUGGAGGCCACACGGUGUUCCUUUGCGAUUUAGUAAAAUGCCUAUUACCGACCUGCACUAUAUCGCCAAUGAUAUUGAUGAAAUAGCUGGUGGUGCUCACGCAGUUGUUGUCUUCACAUUCUUUGCUCACCUGGUUUUUCACCCAAUAACAUUUUAUGUGCAUGAAGUGACCAAAAUCCGCCAGUCUGUUGUUGCACUGCUGAGACGCGCUCCAGAGACUACCAUCAUCAUCAAGUCUGCAAACACUGGUGGACUAAAGAAUAUUUUUCAGUCUGAUUGGUUAAUGAUGCAGUUGGACAAAGUGAUGCGGGAGAUGUUCAGACAUAUUGAUGGAGUAAUCUUCUUAGAUGUCUGGCAGAUGACUUCCUGUCACUAUCUACGUGAAAAUAUUCACCCAGGACCUGUUGUCAUUGCUAACGAAGUCGACAUGUUGCUCUCAUAUAUCUGUCCUACCUGAGGCCUGUUCCAGUCGAUAUGGAAACUAACCUCAUCCGGGGCCAGAAACCAGAAUUCCUCUAACACUGACCGGAUUAGAAUGUGAUGACAUUACCACUGACUCACUGAGAUUGUUACGAGCCCCUGCCUGCUCUUUCUCUUGUUUCUUCCUGUCUCUUUCUUUUCUUUUCUUUCUUUUUUUUUUUUUUUUUUUUGAGCACAGUUGCCAAUUAGACGGGGGCAGGGACCAACUAUUUCUACCACCUGAGGCCUCUGGCUAUUUAAGAGCUGCUGGUGGCACUUCACCUUGGCCUGCCUCAGGAAACCUGUCACUGGUGGUUUUGAUGUUUUCCAUUUCCUUUGUACAGGAUGGUGAGUUGUAGUUUGUUUAGUUAAAUUAAAAUAGUGGGAAAAUGUAAGUAAGUAAGUACACAGUAAACUGUUAAAUCAACACCGCUCAGUGUUCAUAUGGGAACCACCCGCAGGGUGUUAAAGUAACACUGAAGCACUGUUAGAGUUAAUUAGAUACUUAAGUGAUUAAUUAAGUGAUGAUUGUUCGAUUAUUGAAGAAACCUGAUGAUAACAAACAGAAUCACUGAAGAAAAGAGAAACACAAGAACUACAGUUGACCUUAGACUCAGCCUUACAUGAAAUCAACUGACAUUA